CACUGCGCCGUUGAGCGACUAACCUUGAAAAGUAUGGGACCACACGAGACGUUGCCAGGAGUGGCCGGCCCCGGAGCGCCCGUUCUGCCGAGAAUAUCACCGCUGUAGCCGAGGACGUCGAAAUGAGCCACGAAACAUCGAUCAGCCGGGGCGGUCCCUGCAACGAAUUUUGGUGAAAGAUUUGAACAUGUUCGCCUACAAAGUUCAGUCCGUACAUCAGCUGCUGCCUGCUCACCACCAAACGCGCGUAACUUAUGCCCAAGCUAUCCUCAAUUUCGACACCGAAGUGGACGAUUUUUCGACCAAAAUCCAAAUGAGCGAUGAGGCUCAUUUUCACCUCAGCGGAGAUGGAAUUGGAGAUGGUCAGCUUAAUUUAUGUAGUCAAUACGAGAUACCACAAUUCGAAGCUAUUUUCGGAAAUCGUGUAAAGAUCACCUUCAUAAUAGUUCAGAAGCGUAUCAACACCCGUUUUUUUUUGCUGAAGAACAACGCGACCAGGACCACUUUACAAACAAUUAGAAAGCUGACUGAUGGUGAACUGUUAGAAGAUUUGGCUGCAACUUAUGAAAUGAGACCUAAUGUGCUGCACCGAAAUAGGGCCAGGGUUAUAAAAACCAGGUUCAAAAGAAAUCACCCUAUUUUUUGCAUAACAAUUCGUCCGUGGUGUUGGCGCAGUGCGUAUUCCGUCGCCGAUUUCCCGGCCGUUCGACACCAACUGCGCAAACACUGCGCCGUUGAGCGACUAACCUUGAAAAGUAUGGGACCACACGAGACGUUGCCAGGAGUGGCCGGCCCCGGAGCGCCCGUUCUGCCGAGAAUAUCACCGCUGUAGCCGAGGACGUCGAAAUGAGCCACGAAACAUCGAUCAGCCGGGGCGGUCCCUGCAACGAAUUUUGGUGAAAGAUUUGAACAUGUUCGCCUACAAAGUUCAGUCCGUACAUCAGCUGCUGCCUGCUCACCACCAAACGCGCGUAACUUAUGCCCAAGCUAUCCUCAAUUUCGACACCGAAGUGGACGAUUUUUCGACCAAAAUCCAAAUGAGCGAUGAGGCUCAUUUUCACCUCAGCGGAAAACUGGAAACAAUUUUGAUAAUCCGUUGCCUGGUACAGUUGUUGAUAAAUUUAUAACCAG